AUGUCUUCCUCUCCGUCUAUAUAUACACAGCAAUCUAUGUCCGCCCUACGAAAUCGCAAAAGACCCAACCCAGACGGUACCGCACAAGACAGUCCUCCUGCGAAAAGGAUCAAGUCGGACUCUGCGGUGCAGGUAGCCUCAAACUUUCCACCAGAGUUCUGGGACAGCCUGUCAAAAGUUUGGCUCACGUCUCGUGCGCUACGCGAAAAAGACCGGCGCAACAGUCUACGAUCUCCUGCAGCUCCCAUCAUCAAAACAGCCGCAACUCUUGCUCGAUUUGCGAGACGCGGUGGACCAGAUCUUGGCCAUCUUCGAGGAUACCCCGAACCGGAGCAGACCGCAGAAAUGAACCCCAAUCGUUCCUCUGUACCAUCGACCCGACGGACCAAGUCCACAAACGCAACAAACGGACCUCCCAAGGUCAAGCGAUCCUCCGCAUAUGACAGAGAUUUCGAGCAGAAACUCGUUGAUUGUAGUAUAUAUCCUAAAGGGCAUGAGUUUUACCGCAACGAUCUACCAGAGCCUGACAAUUUGGAUGACAUUACGCGGACUUUAUCGGCUCCCCGCGGGUCUCUUUCACCAUCCCGUUUCGAUCAAACAGCCUUUAAAACCUUCACACUAGCUAAUGAUCGGGUGCUCGCCGAAAACGUGGUAAUGUCGGAGAUACUACCAACGAUACUUGGAAAUCAUAAAUUUCCAAGCGCGGGCAAUAUUCCUUUCACUAAUCUUGAUACAAUGACGGAUGGGCGUACUGUUGAUGCGGUGCCAGAUUUAUACGAUGGACUCUACCCAGAUCAAGUUGAUCAGGCAAUGCGGCAAGACCUCAAUAAAACGAUAAUACCUUCGACUAACGGACGUGCCCCGAUAGUGCCUAACUUCUUUCUAGAAGCCAAGGCUCCUCGAGGGGGUGCGGACAUCGCAAAGCGGCAAGCAUGCCUGGACGGUGCCCUUGGCGCGCGCGCUAUGCAUAGCCUUCAGACAUACGGCGAGGAAACCCAAGAAAACCCAUCCUAUCACGGCAACGCUUAUACAUUCACUUCUACCUACCACGAUGGCACGCUUCGGAUAUACACACACCACACGACUGCACCGACGGCGGAGGGACAACCGCCAGGGUACCACAUGACGCAAGUCAGGGCAUUCAACUUGACGGAUACUCCGAAGUCAUUCAUUGAAGGAGCUACAGCUCUCAGAAAUGCUAGGGAUCUGGCUCGCCAACGUCGAGAGGGAUUUCUUCAGGCAGCCAAAGCCAAAGUAUCGCAACAACAGCCAGUUGCAACAGUGGAAAACAACGUACAGCUACAGGAUGAUCAUCUUGCGCAUGGAAGUCCCGAGGAUUCAGAAACUGGGGCAUGGCAGGACGCCCACGAUGACCUUCAACAACACAUUGCCGAGACGCAUAGCGAAGUGAACGAAGAACAUGAUGAUGCACCUGCAACUCCACAGCAGCAGUCCUCUUCCGAUAGUUCGGAUGAUUCAGCCCAUCAUGCGACUGCGUCAGUGACAGAUGAUUCAUCGAGGAGCUUUGUGUCUAGCUUCACUUCGAAUAGUAACACGGAUAGCACGCGGCCAAAACGUUCUCGACUUUCAGCUAGCUCGCCUACGCAAGGAAGCCGUUCGCCUAAAAGCCGAUCGCGUUUUACUACCAAUCGCAAUGCCGCUCUUAGGGAGCCCGGUCCCUCUGAAUCUGUUAUCUCUUAUUGGAUACAAACGUACGGAUAUGAGGAGAAGGUCCUUUUCCGCAAUCCAGAAGGCCAAGAAAUAAAAACGGACCUGAAGGAUUGGAAACAAGAAACUAUCAAUGGUGCCCAAUACUUUUAUUGGCAAUGUCCCAAAUCAGGACGGGUAUUUGGGGCCAAGGAGUGGCCAGGGGUGGAGAAGAACUAG